AUAUUUAUUGUCAAUGUCAUUGUGUGUCGUCUGUACGGUUUGUCGUGUGUAUUUUUCUUUAUCCCUAAUGUUUUUGUUCAAUAAUAUAAAAAUUGCAUUUAUUUAAUCAAUAAAUUAACACCAAUUUGCUAUUAGUGAUGAACAAUUCAGUGCACAAAUUGUAAUUUGAAAGUGCAUUAAGUCGUGUGGUAUUAUUAUGGGGACACAACCUUAUAAUAACAGCAUAGCGAACUGCUGACCAGUCAACAAAUAUUGGAUUAAAAUUCCAACACUGAAAAGUAAAUACGAUGCUGUAAUAUAAUGAACGGGUCUAGUAGCAUUGUUACACAGAACUCGGAACUGAAACCAGCUGAUAAUGGAAUUACGCAAAAUGCAUCAGCGAUAAAUGUCGAUAAAAAUAAAAGUGGAGCCACAACUUCAAAUGGAGGCACAGAGGAACUACUCGACCUUAAAGGUAAGGUUGAGUCCCGCCUCUUAUCCAUGUGGAAUAACGUGAAAUUUGGAUGGACUGUGAAGCUAAAAACCAGCUUUUCAAAGGAAUCGCCUGUAUGGCUACUUGGCAGGUGCUAUCAUCGAAAACUUAGUCCUACGGGAUCAUUAGAAUCAUCUACUGAAAUUGGUACUGAAGCAACAGCCAACCAACCAAUUGAGCAGAUAUAUGGAGAGGGCAUAGAAGGCUUCAAAUCUGAUUUUAUUAGCAAAAUAUGGAUGACAUAUAGAAGGGAAUUCCCCACCAUGUCAGGCUCCUCAUUUACCACAGAUUGUGGCUGGGGUUGCAUGCUACGAAGUGGACAGAUGUUGUUAGCACAAGCUCUAGUGACUCACUUUCUUGGUCGUUCUUGGAGGUGGUUUCCUGAGAGGGCUAUACAAAAUGCCAGGGAAUUUCAAGAGGAUUGUUUACACCGCAUGAUAAUCAAAUGGUUUGGUGAUAAGUCAUCAGUCAACAGCCCUCUAUCUAUACAUCAGAUGGUGAGUCUAGGGGAGGCCCUAGGGAAGAAGCCAGGAGACUGGUAUGGACCUGCAUCUGUUGCUCACUGCCUGAAAGCAGUUAUGACAGCUGCUUCAAAAGAAAAUUAUGAGUUUGAUAAUUUGGAAGUUUAUGUUGCUCAAGAUUCAACUAUAUAUGUUCAAGAUGUUUAUUCACUUUGUCGUCUACCAAAUGGUUCUUGGAAAUCCCUUAUUUUGUUAGUUCCUGUAAAAUUGGGGUCUGAUAAAUUUAAUCCUAUUUAUGGCCCCUGCUUAACUUCAUUACUUACAUUAGACUUUUGCAUAGGCAUUAUUGGGGGACGACCCAAACACUCACUGUAUUUUGUGGGAUACCAAGAUGAUAGAUUGAUCCACUUGGACCCUCAUUACUGUCAAGAAAUGGUGGAUGUUUGGCAACCUAACUUUUCUUUACAAUCAUUUCAUUGUAGAUCACCUAGAAAAAUGCCUCUAAGCAAAAUGGACCCUUCUUGCUGCAUAGGCUUCUACCUGGCCACACAAAAUGAUUUGGAAACAUUUAUCAAUGUUAUACAAUCAUUCCUAGUCCCCCAGGGAGUCGCUGCUAACUUUGAAUAUCCUAUUUUUACUCUAAACAGUGGCUCAUGUAGCAAUGUUAUGAACUUUCCUAAUAUUAGGAACUCUAUUUAUGAAACAGAGCAAAACUGGGUAACACCAAAUAUCCAAGACAGUGAUACGGACAUUGAAUCUGAGGAAUUUGUGUUAGUGUGAACUGAAAUGAAGCAAAAUCGACUAUGUAUUGCAUUACCAAAAAUUUAUGUACUUCUAAUAUGUAGCUACUUAAAGUUUAUCAUCACACAAAUUGUUAAUGUUGCUUACAACAUUGUAUAAUAAAUCACUGUUAGGGUUCUUAUGUAUUACAGAUAUGAUUAAGGUGAAAUAAAAAUAAUCAACAUAUAUAUUAAAAGACAAGAAAUGCAGCUAAAAUUUAAUGUUUAUAUUAGUAGUUUUUCAUGUUUCAUGAUAAAUUAUGGAAAACAUGUUCAUAGGAAAUUAUGGCCAGGGCAAUGUAUGUAUAAAUGUGUAAAAACCUACCCAUAAUGCUAUGUACAGCUAGAUUAGUUAGUAUAAUUUGCAAACCUGAUGCAAAAAUUUAUUGCAUUUGAAUAAAAGGGAAUAAUAAAAAUUCAUUAUUUUA